AUGAGAGCUGGUUUCCGGCUUUUCUCGCCCCCAGCCUACUACCACCGUCCGCCGACCUCUCCUCUCCGGCGUCUCAGCACGCCGCGCAGCAACAACCCCUUCGCCGCGUCCAUCACCGCCGCCGCCCGCCCGCGAACCCUCACAAUGGUCGCCACCCCGGAGGAAAUCGAGGCCAUGGCGCCCCCCGGCUACUCCUUCCCGGAGCACCGCCUCCGCCUCCAGCAAUCCGAACCCGACCGCGAGCCCCUCGUCCUCGUCGCUCCCGGCUCCUACAGCCCCAUCACCUUCCUUCACCUGCGCAUGGCCGUCAUGGCCGCAGACUACGUCCGCUACAACACAAACUUUGAGCUCAUCGGCUCCUACCUCUCCCCCGUCUCCGACGCCUACAAGAAGCGCGGCCUCGCACCCGCCUGCCACCGCCGCCGCAUGUGCGAGAUCGCCGCGGAGCAGACCUCACGCUUCCUCAUGGUCGAUCCCUGGGAGGCCGAGCAAACGGCCUACGUGCCCACCGCCCUCGUCCUCGACCACUUUGAGCACGAGAUCAACGUCAAGCGCGGCGGCUGCAACGGUAAGCGCGUGCGUAUUGCCGUGCUUGCUGGCGCCGACCUGAUUAACACGAUGAGUCAGCCUGGCGUCUGGUCACCUUCUGAUUUGAGACAUAUCCUGGGUGACUUUGGUGCUUUCGUGCUCGAGAGGGCUGGUGUAAAUAUUGACGAGGCACUCGGUAAUCUUAAGGAGUACGAGGACCAGAUCUACUACAUUCCGCAAGUCGUUCCCAACGAUGUUUCGAGUACCAAGAUUCGAUUGUUGCUGAGGAGGAAUAUGAGCAUUGACUACCUCAUCCCUGCUGAAGUCAUCAAGUACAUUGACGAGCACGGCCUCUACAACGAAGACGACACAGCAACAAACGAGAAGGGAAAGGAGAAAGAGGUACAAUAA